GCCGCGGGCUUGGGGGGCGCCGCAGCUGGCGCGCGCUGCAUGAUGGACUACGGAGUCUGAGAGAAAACCUAGUCGGGCACGGACGCCCGACGGGGCUCACGUGUUUACCUUGUGCACGGGGUAGGGGGCAAUUGAAAAGCAGCUGCGGGCUUUCGUCAUAAGACCGCGACCGAGCAGGCGGCGCCAUCUUCGAACUUGGACUUCCGGAAGGACUUUGGCAAGGGUGUGGGGUAGGUGAUGCGGUUGCUGCUUUUCUGGGACCUCGCUUUGAGAACCACUGAUCUGAGCUGUUUAAUGGCCUGUAGUGAGCUCCUUUGUGCUUGAACUGGCUGGAGAGGAUUCUGUUCUUUGCAACUCAACCUUGACCAGUAUAGAGGGGCAGCCAUAUUGGGGGGUGCUGAUGGAUACCUGCGGGGUCGGCUGUGUUGCCCUGGGGGAGGCCGGCCCCGUGGGGAACAUGACUGUGGUAGACUGUCCUGGACAAGAGGCGCUAAGCCAGCUUGAUGUCAAGGCCUGUUCAGAAGCGACCAGCACGGAGGCUUCCCUGGAGAUGUCACUGCCCACGCCUUUGUCUGGAUGUGAGGGUUCUCCUGAAGAGAUGGGGCUCCCUGCUGAGCAGGAAAGCCUCUGCAGCCUGUCCGGACAGCCAGAUCUUUCUUCAGAGAUGUCAAAGGUCUCAAAGCCUAGGGCCUCAAAGCCUGGCCGGAAGAAAGGUGGUAGGACACGAAAAGGCCCCAAAAGGCCCCAACUGCCUAACCCUCCACCAACCCCUCUGGCUCCUGGUCUGUUAGAUCAAUCCAACCCUCUACCCACCCCCAUGCCUAAGAAACGAGGGCGAAAGUCCAAGGCAGAGCUGCUACUGCUGAAGUUGUCCAAAGGCCUAGAGCAGCCAGAGUCUCCACCUCCAAAGAGGCCCCCUGAGGACUUUGAGACCCCUUCUGGGGAACGACCCCGCCGAAGGGCUGCCCAAGUGGCACUUCUGUAUCUUCAGGAACUGGCUGAAGAGCUCUCGACAACCCUGCCAGCCCCAGUGACCUGUCCUGAGAACCCCAAGGUGGGCAGCCCCACCGCACCGAAGAAGAGCCCGCCACAGGCUGCCUGUCAAGGUGGAGAAGAGGCAGAUAAUGCCAGACAGGACGAAGACUUUGUUCUCCAGGUUGCGGCUGAAGAUGAGGAAGAAAGUGAGGGCCCAAGUGAGGGUUCAUCAGAACCCGAGCCCGUAGCGCCCCGAAGCACCCCGAGAGGGUCCACCUCAGCGAAACAGAAACCACACUGCCGGGGGAUGGCUCUCAAUGGCUUACCCAAUCACAUCAUGGCGCCUGUGUGGAAAUGCCUCCAUCUCACCAAGGACCUCCGAGAGCAGAAGCAUUCCUACUGGGAGUUUGCUGAAUGGAUUCCUUUAGCCUGGAAGUGGCACUUGUUAUCGGAGCUUGAGGCAGCGCCCUACCUGCCCCAGGAGGAGAAGUCGCCUCUGUUUUCUGUACAACGGGAAGGGCUUCCUGAAGAUGGCACACUCUAUAGAAUAAACAGAUUUAGCUCCAUCACAGCACACCCAGAGCGUUGGGAUGUGUCCUUCUUCACGGGCGGCCCACUCUGGGCUCUAGACUGGUGCCCUGUGCCGGAGGGGGCAGCAGCUUCGCAGUAUGUGGCCCUUUUCUCCAGCCCAGACAUGAAUGAAACACACUCACUGAGCCAGAUUCAUUCAGGCCCUGGGCUGCUGCAGCUGUGGGGUCUUGGGACCUUGCAACAAGAAAGCUGUCCUGGCAACAGGGCCCACUUUGUAUAUGGGAUUGCUUGUGACCACGGCUGCAUCUGGGACCUCAAGUUCUGCCCCAGUGGAGCAUGGGAACUUCCAAGCACUCCUCGGAAGGCUCCUCUCCUCCCCCGGCUGGGUCUCCUGGCUCUUGCCUGCUCAGAUGGGAAGGUGCUGCUGUUCAGUCUACCCCAUCCUGAGGCCCUACUGGCACAGCAACCUCCAGAUGUAAUGAAGCCCACCAUCUAUAAGGUGCAGUGUGUGGCAACCCUUCAGGUGGGGUCUAUGCAAGCUACGGACCCCUCUGAGUGUGGUCAGUGCCUUAGCCUGGCCUGGAUGCCUACCAGGCCCCACCAUCACCUGGCUGCUGGAUAUUAUAAUGGCAUGAUCGUUUUCUGGAACCUUCCCACUAACUCACCCCUGCAGCGGAUACGGCUCCCAGAUGGCUCCUUAAAGCUCUACCCUUUCCAGUGUUUCUUAGCCCAUGACCAAGCUGUGCGUACCCUUCAAUGGUGCAAAGCCAACAGCCAUUUUCUAGUCUCUGCAGGGAGUGACCGCAAAAUCAAAUUCUGGGACCUUCGACGACCAUAUGAGCCAAUAAACUCUAUCAAGCGCUUCUUGAGUACAGAGCUGGCCUGGCUGCUCCCCUACAAUGGUGUCACUGUGGCUCAGGACAACUGCUAUGCCUCUUAUGGACUCUGUGGAAUCCAUUAUAUUGAUGCUGGUUACCUUGGUUUCAAGGCCUACUUCACUGCUCCUCGAAAAGGCACUGUCUGGAGUCUUUCAGGAUCCGACUGGCUUGGGACAAUAGCCGCAGGAGAUAUAUCUGGGGAACUCAUUGCAGCUAUUUUGCCUGAUAUGGCACUGAACCCAAUAAAUGUCAAGCGACCUGUAGAGCGAAGAUUUCCUAUUUAUAAAGCAGAUCUGAUGCCCUAUCAGGACAGUCCUGAAGACCAAGACCACUCCUCUGCCUCGUCUGGGGUCCCCAAUCCUCCCAAGGCUCGAACUUACGCAGAAACUGUCACCCAUCACUACUUACUCUUUCAAGAUACAGAUUUGGGUUCUUUCCACAAUCUGCUCCAUAGAGAACCAAUGCUGCGCAUGCAGGUGGGAGAGGGACACUCGCAGCUCUGCCUGGAUAGGCUGCAGCUCGAGGCCAUUCAUAAGGUACGUUUCAGCCCAAACCUGGACUCCUAUGGAUGGCUGGUUUCUGGGGGGCAGUCAGGGCUGGUUCGGAUCCAUUUUGUCCGUGGACUCACCUCCCCGCUGGGCCACCGUCUGCAGCUUGAAAGUCGAGCCCACUUCAGUGCUAUGUUCCAACCAACCGCCCCACCUAAAGGGCCUGGCUUCCCUCCAGCCAGCCAUCGCCUUCUGCCUGGUCCCUAGUGUUGGUCCAGCAGGAAUGAAGUCUGCCAAGAACAAAUGGCCCCUAUGCACAGAGCCAUAGGAACUGGGGCCUUCCUGGACAGUGAUGCUGCCAGGCCUGACCUUUAGGCCUGCCUCCCCAGGACUCCUUAGAUCUCUCUCCUUCCACAGACUUCUUUAGUCACAGCCCGCUGUGGGCAAGGGGACUGCUCUCCCACAAAGGCGCCUCAGCCUGAAACUGUGGCUCACGAGAAACGCUCGGGCCUGCCCCAGGCUUGGGAGUCAGAUUGCUCAUAUUGAGCAUGUUGUGGAGUGGGUAAAGCUAAGUAAAGGUACUGGGUGUUUUUGAGACCACUUGUGAGUGGUGUUUGGAGAACUGGAAAGGGUAUCCACAUGAAGGCUCUUGCUGGGCUAUAAUCCAGGAUCCAUUGUCACUGCCUUCCCAGACAUCCUCUUUAGCUUAACCAACGGGCCCAAGAGGGUGACAGUCACUUACGGGACUGAAGCUGCUUCUAGCACCUUUAACCGAGGCCCGCCACCAACAGCCGGCCAGGAGACUGGCGGCUCAGCUCUUGCUCCUGCGUAGGAAUCUCCACUAGUCACCUGGCCCUAGCUGGGCACUCCCAGACAGUCAUGUUUUUAAAAUCUUCCUUUCUAUCAAGUCAAAGAGCAAACCUCUUGAUUUUACUCAUGGGUGUUAGAAAACCUAGUCAUUCUUCCCUGUAAUUGCCCUUUUAAGUAUUUAACAAUAGCUAUCAUGUGUUUCCCAAGUCUUUUCUUCUCUAGAUUAAAUAUCUUCAGUUACUACAA